ACAGGUCACUGGCUUCUGCUUGCAUGUCCCCAGAUCUCAGAGCAACUUUGGCUCCAAACUCAGUUACAGUCAACAAGUCACAGGAAUUGGAAUCAGCAUGACCGGCUCUAAUCAACUGACAUUCGUCAGGGUGUUUCUACUAAUAUCGAUAAUAAGCAUAGCGGCACACCAUGGAUUUGCAGCUUCUACUAGCAAAUACAUUCCACAUAGCAGCAAUUUUGUCGGGGAAGGAACCAAUGAAUUGGCGACAGCUCUGUUACAAGGUUUCGUGAACGAGGAGAGGAAUUUUGUGUUCAGCCCGUUGGGCUACUCGGUGAUACUGGGCGUGAUGGCAGAAGGGGCCAGGGGCAAGACUAGGGGCCAACUGGUGGAGGCCCUUCAUUUGCCCGAGGACACAACGGCGGUUAGGGGCACAUACAAAAGUGUCCUCAGCAGUAUGAAGUCAUGCCUGCUUUGUACCGAUGAAAACUCAGAUGCCAACGACCCCCGGCCACAAUUCAAGAACUGGUUCUACGUCUACAAGAACUUCUCAAUUCACGACAACUUCAGAAAAGUGAUCGAGGAAAACUACAACACCGAGGUGAAAAGCGUGGAAAGCCCUGACUGCUACGAGAGUGAAAUGAAGUUCACAUUUUCCUCUUUUGACACCAGCGGUGACAAGAAAGACGAAGUGGUAGAGGAAGAAGAAGAGAAAGAGAAGAAGGAUGGAAUGAAAGUGGAAACAGUGGAAGAAAUAAAUAAGGACGGGAAAGUGAGUGAAAAGAAGGCGGAGGAGAUGAAGGUAGCUGAUAUGAAAGAGGAGAAAGUGAAAAUUGAAGAAAUGAAGGAGGAAAAAUUAAAAAUUGAAGAAAUAAAGGAGAGUGUUGAAAAGGUUGAAGAGGUGAAAGAUGAGAAAAUGAAGGAAGAAAAGGUGAAAAUGGAAGAAGAGAAGAGGAAGACAUAUGUGAAAGAAGAGGAUAAAAUUGUGGAGGAAACGACUUCAUCGUCAGUCGAAUCUGAAACUGAAUCUAGUGCUACAUUUAGCAUGGAGCCGAUUUCCUCUUUGAGUGUCAACAGAAUUGCUGGCAAGAGUAAAGAUGGAUCCGAGAAAAACAUACACUCAAAGAUGAUCACUUUCAACGGCCUCUAUUACCGCGGCAAAUGGGGAUUGCCGGUCGAAAAAGUAGCAAAUGACUCUGGUGAUAUGACAUUUUAUCUGUCGGAAAAUGACAAGAAACAAGUGUCAAUGUUGAGGGCCCAGGGAAUGAUUGAGAGUGGAAAGGUUGAUGCGCUCAACUGCGAUGCUGUUGAAUUGCCGUAUGAGGGAGGUAAAUACUCAAUGCUUCUUUUGCUACCAAACAGCAACGGCCUGAACAAGCUGAUAGCAGAUAUGGCUGGAUUUUCACUGAGCAAUAUCUACAAAGAGCUGAGCUCAGCACAAUCCGAAGUCUACUUCCCUAAAUUUAUGUUCCAAACCAUCAGCAAACCAGAGCAAGUUCUUAAGAAGUACGGAGUUGAAGACAUUUUCACUGAGGAAGCAGACCUUUCUGGCAUCAGUGAAAAUGAAGGAUUAUUUUUGGAUGAGCUAGUUCAGUUGGUGACUAUUGAGGCCGACGAAUCCAGCUCACAGGCUAACUUCUUUUCAGUAGGCGCUGUGACCAGAAACAAUUUCCAGACAAUCAAAUUUAAUCGGCCAUUUUUGUUCUUCAUUCGAGACAAGUCUGAAAAUGUGAUCCUAGCUGCGGGAAAAGUCAUUAACCCAUAGACAAGGGUUUCAUAAAUUAUGUAUUUCUUGAAAACAUUUUGAGAAAGUUCUAGAAACUUAUAACUUAUUUAUAAACUAAGUUAUUUAUUAUUAUUGUUUGAUAAAAAAUUUGCCCAUAAAAAAAUUGGCUCCU